AUGUUGGGUCUGGAAAAGCCACUAUCCUCCGACAUUUCGUCUUCCUCUACUGACACUUCCGCCAUCUCACCGAUUAGCGUGAGCAGUAUGCCACUAUCACCGGACAAGGAAAAGAAAAAGAUAAAAUUCAUCCGCUACAACCCAGACAUCCCACAAAUCGUCACAUCGUUUAAAGGAUACCAAAAACUUAUGUAUCAGGGUUAUCGAUACAACAUUUAUCAGGUUGUUCCAGAAAAGAACUUCAAAUCAUGGCGAUGUGUGUGCGCCAAAAAGAUGCCUGAUGAUGGCCAAUGGUGCAAGUGUCGAGCUGAGACGACGAGUGAUAACUCAAACGCGUGCACAAAGAAUACGCACAAUCAUCCGCCAAAGCACCGUGUCGCCGAGAUCGAAUUCAUCAAGUCACAACUCAUCAAUGCUGCCUUCGAAAAUCCUGACCACGAUGCUGGGGACCUUAUCAACCAAGCUUGUAUGUAUUUGAGCGAAGGAGUCUCAUUCGAUAACAAAGAAAGCCUGAAAAAGAGCCUAGUAUCUGCCAGAAAUAAGGAAGGCAAGCCAAGAAAGCCAAAGAGCAAGACGUCCACAAACCCAUUGAAAAGAAUGAAAAUUGAAAUUGAGGAGGAAGAUGAGAAUGUAUUCAAAAUGCAAAGAAUGGACAACGAUAUCACUGGAUUCCUUCCCCUCCUUAAUAACUCCAUCUCAAUGGUUAAAGUAGAAUCUCCAUUCAGUACGACGCCCACCAUCCAGAUCCCUCCACCAAAUCCUCCACAAAUCCAUCAACCACAAGAGCACAGCAACUUGCUCCAACCAGCCGCACUCAACGGUUUCAACAACUCGUGGAUGGGUGGAAUUGAAGAUCCGAUCGCAAUGUUCUGGGCAAACGCAAUGCUCAACCCAAGCGGACUAGACGUACUUUCAACGAUCGCUGCACUUUCAAAGCAUCAGCUACACAGCCAGGGACCAACUCAGGCUGCAACAGCGCCAGCUGCUCCACUCUCUUCAAACCUUUCUGUCAGCAGUUUCACUCCACAGAUGCCGAAAGAAGCCUCAAUGGCGAUUCCACCAACACAGAUUCUGAACUUGAAAGACCUGAAACCACUGCCACCACUUGCCGCCAUCCAAACAAGCCCGGUGAUUCAAGCAGCCAGCCUACUCCGACCGAUCCCAAUGAAGAAUGACAUGGGGACACAGACCGUUGAGGAAAUCAAAGUAUCCAGAUGCCUGACCUCUGGCUGCGGUUGCCGUGUGAUUCGAAUUUGCUGCUGCGAUGAAGGCAGAUGUCGACGAGCCGCCGCGUGUUAA